CUCAUGACCUGGGUUGAAGGCUUCUAUCCAGCAGUGAUCAAUGCAACAGGUGAUGCAAUCUAGACUCUAGACUCGAACCAUCCGAACUCUGCGACUGACGAUUCAACAAAGACUUGAAGUUGCUAUGUCAGGGCGUCCGUUUGAUGAGAGCCUUCUGGAUGCGCAUACACUGUGGCAGGCUGCACUUUCAUACAACCGGCGAAAUGGUAUCAUCACAUACACGCAUGUGAACAGUGAUUUUUAACACUUGUGACCCUGACAGCGGCCACCCUGUAGGCUGUGUAUACCAUACAUCAUAGGUGGUUCAUAUAUAGUGGCACUUAUAUAAUAGCCUCGCUAUCGUCAAAUCGUGAAGGCACAAGCAGACAUGUCACCACUACCAAGUAUCGCCAACAUACUUGGGCCUGCGUGUAUAGGCAUCAUCGUAUCAAGCAUCAUAUUCGGCAUCAAUUGCCUGCAGCUGUAUUUUUAUUACACCAAAUAUGCCAACGGAGACGGCGCGACACUCAAAAUCUAUGUCUCUGCUCUCAUGGUGGUCGAUACUCUGCACGUCUUACUGUUAGUGAUAUCAUACUAUCACUACACGGUGACGUAUUUCGGGGACAUAUUUGCCCUGGCCUAUGGUUACUGGACAUUGCUGGCUGAGGUCGCUGUCGGUGGUUUGCUUGUCACUAUGGUGCAACUUUAUUUCGCUUUCCGGGUUUACACCCUAUCCGGGAAAUGUACUCUUCUACCUGUGGUUAUAUCUAUCUUGAGCAUUUGUGGGCUCGCACUUAGCAUAGUGUUCACCGUCGUUGGACUCGAGAUCCAUCUUUUCGCUUCAGGCGAACGUCUGAAGCCAUAUAGUGCAGCGGGUCUCAGCGCCGAGCUAGCAUGCGAUGUACUCAUCGCGGGCACCCUCAUCUACUAUCUACAUGCGAAACGGACCGUCUUCCCUCGAACGAAUCGUGCAAUCAACCUUCUCAUUAUGUAUGCGCUGAACACAUGCUUGCUGACUACAAUAUUCACGAUUAUCGAUUUGACACUGUAUACACCUGCUCUAUGCUGUCUACGCUCAACUCUCGCGAGAACGUGAGACAUGCCCUGGGAACCCACGACACUGUCAACAUUCUCCCGGCCAGGAUCAAAUUCGGGAGGUGUUGUCCCGAGGCUGACUCAGAGCUACUA